ACUGCAGCGGCUGUUGGAGGAGCCACGCAGAGCAGAGCAGCGGUGUCCGAAAGGCUCUAACAGCAGGUCAGCAACUCAGUCUCUGCUCUUUUUCUCUGUUACUUUUCGAGUCAGUCCAGUUUAAGCCAAAAAAAAAAAGGCCCUUCUGGAGCUGGAGUUAUUAUUUCCCAGAAGUGGGAGCGGUGUCGACGAGGAGACGCUCUGCGGGGGAAAACUGACUGCAGCCAGAAGAUGUUCUGCGGCUUCAUAUGAACCAGCUGGAGUGCUGAGACUUCAGGCUUUAGAAGAUCAGAGGAAACAGGGAAGCUAUAACCUGGCAGGCUCCAGCUGUAAGUUAUCUCUCCUCCAUCAUCCAGGACUCCAUGGCUGCCGGUGCGGCUGCUGCCUGAUUCAUUGCACCGUGCAGCUUUCAUCGUUGUUGUUCUCCAGUCCUUUCCUCUGCGCCCUGGCUUCAUGGAGGGAUUUCCUGUGCACUGACCUAGCAGGCUGCCCUCUGGACCAGCAGCCAUGUCAGCUUGUAGCACCUUCACUGAGCAUGUUUGGAAACCAGGCGAGUGCAAGAACUGCUUUAAACCAAAGAGUCUGCACUGUUUGACGCAGAGCAGUGGGGGAAAGCCCCCAUCUGAACAGAGGCCACCCUCAAACCAGCAGCAACCCCCCCUUCCUGCAGGAUCCAGAGCUAACUCUAACCUUACUGCCAACUCCCAGCGGGUAGGGGGCGGACCUGCACGUCCAGGACACAUCCGUCCUCCGGUCGCUAAGAAGCCAACCAUUGCUGUUAAACCUACUAUGAUGCUCCCCAGCUUAUCUCCAGGACUGGAUUCAGAUGGCAAUCUUCAACAGCAAACAAAUGUUAUAGAACAAGAUAAAACAUCAGCUUUUACUGCCUGGAAUCGCAAUGGACUGAACUGUAAGAGGCCUGGUGGGCCCAACAAUAACAAUGAAGGAGAAGAUGACAGUGAGGAAAUAGAGGGUUAUGGACCACUCAGCCCAAGGACGCCCAGUGGAAAUAAUAACAACAGUGGACUGACGGAUGUCCUUAAAGAGAUUGCUGGGUUGGGCCCUGGCUCUAGCUCCCUGCUGCUGUCUGGUUCCAAAGACCUGUUUUGGGGGCGAAUCAGUAGCUCAUAUCGAAGGUCCCUGGAAAGAGGCCUUCCAGCUUCUAGCUGCCUGGCUAUAGGAAGCAGCAGCACAGAAGGUGGAGCUCAGAAACGAGUGUCACUAAGUGAUUGUACAAAGAUCAUUAGCUCAGAGGGUGGGCGCUACUGCUACCCAGAGUUUUCCAGUGAGGAUGAAGAUGAUGAUGAAGAUGAGGAGGGUGAAACUGAGAAAGAUGAGGAGGAGCAUGAGAGCUGGGAUGAAAGUGAUGAAGAGUUACUAGCCAUGGAAAUCCGUAUGCGAGGCCAGCCACGAUUUGCCAAUUUCCGUGCUGCGACCUUGUCUCCGGUGCCCUUUGCAGCAGGGAAAAAAUGGAAUACGGUGCCCCUUCGAAACCGCUCCUUACAGAGAAUUUGUGCGGUGGACUACGAUGAUAGCUAUGAUGAAAUCUUGAAUGGAUACCCAUCCAAUGGAAGCCUUCUCCCCUAUGGACCUCGUGAGACGCAAAGCAGUGCUUUCCUCUCAAAUUCAGAAUCCACAACCUCUCCUGAAUCAUCUUCAUCAUUGCAAGAAGAUUCUCAAACCAUUUCCAGUAGUGGAAGCAGUGUGUUUAAAAAUGGCUUGCAUUCGCCCACAUCUUCUAAGGCACCUGUGCUUUGUACAACCCCCCCAAACAAGGAGUCUCCAAAAAGGGCUCUGAGUCCACCUAGGCUGGCCGAGACUCACAAGGCAGUGCUAGCAAUUAGAUUAGAGGACCAAGAUGGUAGGGAAGGGAUGCCAAUGCCUCAAGCCCUUCCUGGACAACCAGUUACUAUAAGCUUCAGCCCUACAGAGGAGCAGGCUAAACCUUAUCGUGUAGUUAAUUUGGAAAAGUCCCUGAUUUGUAAGCCUUACACUGUGGUAGAUGUCUCUGCAUCAAUGGCAAGUAAAGAGGAAAACAAACAAGAUCCGUUGCCAAGACCCAAAAACCUACCAAAACCCUCUAGUCCUACAUCAUUCUGUAGCACCCCUUCAGUCCAGCCCCUUUCUCCUGUGACUCCCAUUUCCCCAACUUCUCCUUUAAGAUCAGUAUCACCUUCAUCCAUUGCUCUGUCACAAAAGAAAACUGGACAAAUACGAUACCAAGAAGUAUGGACGUCAAGCACAAGUCCUCGUCAGAAGAUACCCAGAGUGGAUCCAGGGUUUGGGAGUAGUUCUGGCCAGUCCAUUGCUCCUCAGUUUUGCAGUCACAAGUCAGCUCCCACUUCUCCCAUUGCAGGACUGUCAUCCUCUAGAACUGUACCCGUAAAAUCUCCAAACCUGUCUGAGAUAAAAUUCAAUAGUUUUAAUAAUGCUGGCAUGCCUCCUUUUCCAAUUAUUAUCAGAGAUGAGCCAGCCUAUGCCCGGAGCUCCAAGAAUGCAGUGAAGGUACCUAUUGUUAUCAAUCCGAGUGCCUAUGACAAUCUUGCAGUUUACAAGAGUUUCUUGGGCCUCCAUGGUGAGCAGUUACAAACAAAAGGGGGUAGUGGUAGGGUUGCAAGCCAUACAUAUGAAGAGAUUGGUUCUUCCGAGAGUGUCCAGUCCUCCUCUACAGAGAAAACACUUUCUGGGAAGGCCGCAUCAGAGCAAGCUUUGCUUGAGGAGACGAAGUUUCCACUUGAAGUAGUGCCAAGUUUGCAGGGUAGAACCACUACAGAUCCAAGCACACUAACAAGCACUGUUAAGAACUCCUCAUCUGGGGUCCUCUCUCCCACUACAGCAACAGUUUCUUCUGCCAGUCUUGCCAUUGCUGCAAAUAUAAUUAAAACCAGCCCUGCUGCUAAUGCUGUUACAAACCCCUACAUUAAAAGUGGAAAUGAUGAUGAUAAAGUAUUAGUUGCACCUACGGGGACAGGUGUAAGUCACAGAGAAGAGGCCAGUGCUGUGCUGUCACAGAUUGUAGCAUCAAUCCAGCCUCCACAGUCUCCUCCAGAGCCCCCCUCAGCACAAACCAAACCCUUGAGCUCUGAGGAGUUAUACGCCCUCCCUCCUGAUGCCAUGAAGGAGACCCUUACACGACCCAAGUCUCUGUUUUCUGGCACUGAUAGUUGUCUUUCCAAGCCGAAAAAAGAAAACCCCUCAAAGGUUUUGUCAAAAUCCCAGAGUGCGUCUGCUGCUGUCCCACUCGCCAAUUCCAGAUCAGAGCCCAGUGCGCCCUACCCACCACCGAGGUCCACAUCGUCCCCUUAUCAUGCUUCUAACAUACUACAGAGACAUUUUGGUAAUUGGACAAAGAGCUCCGCCUCCAGCUCCCCAUCGCGACCUGGUGAAGGCGAAUCGAGCCCCGGUGGGGAGGGGAGACGGAUGUCUGCUGAGAGUUCCAAACCUAAAAGAUGGAUUUCCUUUAAGAGCUUUUUUCGCCGGCGGAAAGAUGAUGAUGAUCAGAGAGAGAAGGCAGAGAAAGACAAAGAGAAGGGCAAGCUGGUUGGGCUUGAUGGGACUGUCAUCCAUGUUCUUCCACCACCACCCAACCAACAUCAGCACUGGUUCACAGAGGCCAAACCUGAGGAUCCCACCCAGAAGCCUACCAUUAUUUUUACCUACAAACCAGACACAGGUAGCAGCCCUGGUGAUGGAGAUCUUCGCAUAGAGCAGUGUAGAGAAACUGAUCUGCUGGCAGAAGAGAGCAGGGACUCUGACCUUUUGGGCCAAGGGGAAACUGUACCAUCAGAAGGUGCUGGAGGAGACGCCAGCAGUAAAGACCUCAGCCAGGUACCAGUCAGUCAUGCCAGGGACCGGGACCUGCCCAGGAUCAUCCCUCUGCCUGCCAGAGUGAAUCUAGGGCUGGUGUUCGGGGACGCCCAUGAAGACCAUGCCAACCAGGCCGCCCCCCCAGUCGCCAUCAGUGAUGGCAGCAUCAGCGUCGGCGAGCCGGAGGACGAUGGAAAUCAUUCCCAUCACUCCCACUCUCCUGCCUCCAGCCAGUGUAGCGCAACCUACAGCAACCUAGGUCAGUCAAGAGCCAAUAUGAUCCCCCUGAAACAGCCGCGGAACCUCAAAGCCUCCAAUGACACGUUGUCCUCCGUGGAUCUCGACGGCUCCAUGGACCAGCCCCCUUCUAAAGCCACUCCUCCUCCGCUUCCCAAGAAGAUUGUCCCUCGCUCCAGCACUGAACCCAGCCUGGGGAUCAAAGAGCCCGCCCAGGGAGCCCUCAGACCCCGGGCUGAGGCCAAACCAGGAGGUACUAACCUGAGUGUGGCCAACCCUCUGUAUGACCUGGACUCCACCUGGGAGACGGCUAGCCAGAGCUCAUCUGUGAGCUCUGAACCACAUCGAGGCCAUGACCAUGAGAGCGGUGACUCUUUGGAGAGGUCGUCUGCUUCCACAGCCACUAGCAAGGGUCGCUUGGCUAACAGCGUGUCCUCCCUUACCCCCCAGCCAGCCACCGCCACACCUGGUACUGCCUCUGGCAGGGACAAGAGGGCCUUCCCCAGCGUGGAGUCUCUGGGUGGGAGGGGUCGGACUGCAGGACGGGGGACGGCUGGCGGGGGGGCCUCUAAACCACACAGACCUGCUCUUUACAGGGGCUUGGACAGCUGGGAUGAGGUGGUUGGGAGGAUCCGCGGACUUCACACCGACACCCUACGGAAAUUGGCUUCAAAAUGUGAGGACCGCUUCAUGGCCGGCCAGAAGGACCACCUGCGCUUUGGGACCGACAGCUGGUCCCACUUCAGGUUGACCACCGGCAAACCGUGCUGCGAGGCAGGAGACGCCGUCUACUAUACUGCCUCUUACGCCAAGGACCCUCUGGUCAACUACGCCAUCAAGGUGAGCAAGAUCUGCCGCAGCCACGUGAAGGAGACACAGCAGCAGUUCUUCCACAGCCUCGCUGUCAGACAGAGCCUGCCGGUGCACUUUAACAUCCAGCAGGACUGUGGCCACUUCCUGGCUGAUGUCCCCACCCGACUGCUGCCUUGGGAGGAGGAGGAAGAGGAGGAGGACAACAACGAAGAUGAAGAGAGGAGAGAAGGGAAUGAUGAAGGACAGACGGAGAAAGGAAUUCGAAUGGACACAAAAGUGAGCGAGUCUGAAGCAUCCAACAAGUCCGAUGAGACCCCAGCAGCAGGGAACAUGAACACAGCGGCCCACCUGAGGAGCCGAGUGGUUGUCAUAACACGGGAGGUGCCCUUCCAGACCGUGGCGGACUUUGUCAGAGAGGGUGUGGCCCGCCAUGCUAGCAACCCCGAGCUUUACGAACGUCAGGUGUGUCUCUUGCUGCUGCAGCUCUGCUCCGGCCUGGAGCACAUGAAGCCCUUCCACGUCACCCACUGCGACCUACGGCUGGAGAACCUGCUGAUGGUCCAGUGCCAGCCGGGCAACCCCUGGAACCUGGAAAUCCUCGAACCCAACAACAACAGCAGCGGCAACAGCUCAGGGGCUUCAGCUGCCAGCAGCGCCACCUGUCCCGCCCGCCUCAUCAUCAGCAACUUUUCUCAAGCCAAACAGAAGAGCAGCCUGAUGGCCACCGACCCCGGGACGCUGCGUAACCAGUCGAGGCUGGCACCGGAGAUCAUCACGGCUACACAGUACCGCAAGUGUGAUGAGUUCCAAACCGGGAUCCUCAUCUACGAGAUGCUGCACAGACCCAACCCGUUCGAGGAGACGCCGGACCUGAAGGAGCGGGAGUACACAUGGGCGGACCUGCCGCCGCUGCCCGUCCGGUCGCUCUACUCUCAGGGUCUGCAGCAGCUGGCCAGGUUGCUGCUCACCGUCAACCCGUCAGAGCGCAUCCAGAUGUCAGAGGCCCGAGCCUGCCUGCAGUGUCUCCUCUGGGGGCCCCGGGAGGACCUGUUUCAGGCGCUGGGCUGCAGUAGCACAGGCCCCAUGUCAGGAGCCACGGCGAGCCAGCGGGAAGCCACCCUGCAGAACUGGCUGGACCUGAAGCGAACCUUGAUGAUGAUCAAGUUUGCUGAGCGCUCCCUGGACACAGCCUGCAGCGUGAGCCUGGAGGACUGGCUCUGCUGCCAGUACCUGGCCUUCGCCACCACAGACAGCCUCGGCCGUGUGGUGCACAUCCUGCAGCAGCUGCCCCACAACCAGAACCAAACCCAAACACAUCCGGCACACACACACCGACUGACUCAGUCGCAGCAACUCUAAGCUGCUCUUCCCAUCUGUUACUAUGGCAACUCCUCCAACCCCCCCACCCCCUUCCACUCUGUGCUCCCUCAGCUGAUGGUGAAGUGUGAAUUAAGCUGGCUGUGAGGCACCGCAGUGCUCUGCAAACACUGAGCAGUCUGUUUUCCUCAUCAGUUUCUGCUGUGACCCCAUUACUGCUAUGGAGUCCUCAGCAGCGCCUCUGAACCUGAUUAGAUCCUUACCAAACGUUUAGGGAGAUCAUCAGAGGUUUGAGCUGCAGGUCUCAGUCAUUCACAAAAACACAGCAGUGAAGAUUUAGAAAUAAAAGGCGGCGCUAUGAAAAAACUGAGACAUUUAAACAGUUAGUUCUAGAGAUCUUUUAGGGCUAAAGCAAAAAUGUUUGUAAUGAACAAUAAGAAAACCAGAUUUAUUUUAAAGGAAUUAAAAAAAAGGGUUUUAGAAAUUUUUAUGUAACACCGAUGAAAAGUAGUUGAUAAAUUUCCAUUGAAGCCAAAGAUUAGCCUCAAGCUGCCCACACAAAGUUUCCUAGACAGGGUUUUUUUUUUCUAGAAAUGCACAGAUUAGACUCUUGUGUGUUUUAAACUGCCAAUAAAGAUUUCAGAUCAUAAGAAGAAAUAUAAACAGGAUUGGAAAUGUUUUUUUUUUAACCACAGACGCUCCAUCAUACUUUAUAACAGCAGUAAAGAUGACAUCCACUGUGUGAGAGCAGCUGCUGUAGAACAGGGUUUAAUUGAUAACAAAUCUCAGAGUUUACAUUCGAACUGGUUUAAGCAGCUUAUAUUUGUGUUUAAAGGAUCAGUGCAGCCUUCUUUAGGAAAACAGUAUUCUCCUCGUUAAACUCAGAAAAAUGGAUGAUUAUCUUCAUUUUUUAGAUUUCCAAAAAACUCAGUGUUUCUAAAUACAGCGCAACUCUUCACCGAAGGUAUAAACACAAAAGGAUUAAAGAAAACGCUGUACUAUAUGCAGCCUUCCCGUUAGGUGCUUGAAGUCUUGCUCUCUCUCACUCUCUUCCAGCUCAAAACAACCACUUAUAUUACUCGUCACAUAGAAACUAAAUAGCUUCUAUCUCUGUGCUCCUCCUUGAUGCUGAAAACAUGGAACUUUUUCUUUAAGUACAGAAGAAACACUAAUCAAACAUGUUGGACCUUUCAGUUACUGACAGCUAACGAUCUUCUGAUUAUGAUUUCUGGAUGCAUCUCUUGUUUUCCCAGAUUGUCUGAACAGAACAUGGUUAAAAAGAUGAGUCUGACUCUGAAGUUUCAGGCGCUCAUUUUUAAAAGCUAAAGGCUAUUUUCCGGUUGAAAUGAAUGGCUUUCCAUACAUCCUGUUGACCAGUCUGACCUCCCUCAGUGUUUUUCUACAAUGGCUCAUUUUAUCUCAUAUUAACUCUUCCAUUGGUUUUUUGGCACAUAAACUGAUUUUAUUUUAAUCCUGCAACUUAAAAUACAUGGAUUUCUUCCCUUGGAUGAAAUGUUUCAUGGACUGCAAAAUAGUUUUUUUUUUUUUUCCUUUUUUUUUGUCGCAUUGUUUUCUGAGCUACAGAUUAUAUUUGCACAUUGUGUCAGAGCGGUGGUGUAUGAGUGGACGCCUAAGGUUUUAGAGAAACAGAAGACUAAGAAAAGUUGUGAAAUGGAAGAUUUGACUGUGUUUUUGGACUGGGAUAGAUGUUUGAACUCUUACUGAAACAGCCUUGAAAAGUAGGAACGAACUAAUGCAACCACUGCUGAAUGUUUCUGGCCCUCUUGUCAUCCGUUCGGUCCUGAAAUAAAUCCUGAUCUCUGGUCAGAUGGCUUAUUCUGCCUCGAUUAAAGGGAUGUGCGUUAUUAAUCGCAGCCUUUCAGCUUCCAGUCAAUGCAGGCACACAUGCCUCCCUCCACCAUUCAUACUCGGAUUAAACACUUUAUUUGAGCAGUUUGCUUGUUUUGCUCUUUUUUUUUUUUUUAAGUUGAACUCUUUUUGUUUUUAUUUUUACAGUAUAUCAACCCUGCAGCAGAGUGCGGAUCUGGAAUAAUUUCUUGCAGAUGUACAGUUAAAACCAAUGGUUCAGAUUUAAAAAAGAUAAAGUGGUAUUUGAUUCUGCAGUAGCGUAUGGUGAGGUAUGUGUGUGGGACAGCACUGGUGGCUGGCCGCCUUUAUAUAGUAAAAAAGAUAAAUUUAACCUUUAUCUAUUUUAUCCACACACUGUUUUAUGGAGUACAGAGCACCUGUAUUUUUCUUGUCUAAUAGUCAUUUAUUCAUUGAUGCUUUACUUGACUCUCUUUCUCCUCGCAUGUUCUGGAGGAAGAUUAAAGUGAGUAGUUAUCACUGUCCUACGCAAACAAAUGACCAGAGAACAUCUCCAAUAUCACGUGCAUUAAUACGGCGCAGUGUACAGUAUUUUAUCGCUUGUGUGAGUUUACCUAAAAAGGAGAAAAACCACUGUGGCUGAAACGACGUCUUUCUGAACCAGCUUUCAACGCGUUCAGAUUAUGCAUCAGAUUUUUCUUCUGUUCCGGUAAAUUCCACUGAGUUUUAAAGAUGAACAGGAGCUCUAAUGCUUUCUGUGAGGUGUCCAGUUCUGUCUGCUGGCUUCAUCGCCAUUAAUUGUUGAACAAGUUAGACUGUAACAGAACAAUAAAUAUAUGUUUUUAUAUAUAUA